CAAGUGACAAAUAUUAAAUCUAUCAUCAUACUCAUCAUAAUUUCAUAUUGGUCUUGGAUAGAUAUUGCUGUGAAAUUCUGAUGUGGUUGAUUUUUUAAGUAAAUUUAAGUGGUUAUUAUUUAAAAUGUCGAAAAGAACUCAGCCAACUUGGUCGCCACCUUCCUCUGGAAAAGAAAGACCUGUGUUAAAAUUGUUCAACAGUCUGACACGACAGAAAGAGAAAUUUGUGAGUUCAAAUGGCAAUCGUGUAAACUGGUACAGUUGUGGUCCUACCGUCUAUGAUGCAUCCCACAUGGGACACGCAAGGUCAUAUAUUUCUUUUGAUAUUUUGAGACGUGUUAUGGCAGAUUAUUUUGGGUAUGAUAUCUUAUAUGUUAUGAAUAUUACUGAUAUUGACGACAAAAUAAUAAGAAGAGCAAGACAAAAUUAUUUGUAUGAGAAAUAUGUGAAAGAAAUCAAAAAUUUAAAUGAUACCAUAGACGAUGCAACUGCAGUUGUUAACUUUUAUGAAGAUGUAGUAAAACAAACUGUAGAUCCAGAUAAGAAAAACACAAUGCAAAAAAUGUUAGAUAACAUUGCCUCUUCUGUGAAGUUACUAAAAGAGGCUGUGGAAAUGAAUGAUGGUGAGAAAAUUAAUUCAGCAAAAUGUGAAAUGUUGAAAUCAGCAAAAGAUCCCAUAUCUGAAUGGUUGGAUAAAAAGUAUGGUUCAACUGUUAAAGAUAAUGCCAUUUUUACUGCACUACCUAAGUACUGGGAGAAUGAAUUUCAUAAUGAUAUGAAGGCACUUAAUAUUUUACCACCAGAUGUCUUAACAAGAGUUAGUGAAUAUAUUCCACAAAUAGUUUCAUUUAUUCAGAAGAUAAUUGACAAUGGACUAGCUUAUGAAUCAAAUGGUUCUGUUUAUUUCAAUGUUAGUGAGUUUGACAGCAAGGAUAAUCAUCAUUAUGCCCGACUAGUACCUGAAGCUUACGGAGACACAAAAUCGUUGCAGGAAGGCGAAGGUGAUCUCAGUGAUGAUACAGCUGAAAAAAAAUCUCCAAAUGACUUUGCUCUCUGGAAGCGUAGUAAAGCUGGCGAACCAUCAUGGGAAUCUCCAUGGGGUGCAGGUAGGCCAGGCUGGCACAUUGAAUGUUCAGCUAUGGCAUCAGAUGUGUGCGGUUCAAGCUUGGACAUACAUACAGGCGGAGUUGAUCUUAAAUUUCCGCAUCAUGACAAUGAGUUAGCUCAAAGUGAGGCGCAUUUCGAUCGGCCCGGCUGGGUUAAGUAUUUUCUUCACACAGGACAUCUUACAAUAGCUGGCUGCAAGAUGUCGAAAUCAUUGAAGAACUUCGUAACCAUCUCCGAAUCCUUAAAACGUCACACUGCCAGACAAUUACGUUUUGCUUUUCUCCUGCAUGGUUGGAAGGAGACUUUAGACUACUCAGAAAAUACAAUGGAGAUGGCUAUACAGACUGAGAAAUUGUUUAAUGAGUUCUUCUUGACGGUAAAAGAUGCCCUGCGGAGCGGCUACGACGAGGGCAGCGGUGGCCCGUGGGGGCCCGAAGAGCAGCUCCUUUCGGCCAAACUCAGCAACGCGAAGGAACAAGUCCAUAGGGCGUUGUGCGAUAACAUCGACACCCGCGCGGCACUGGACGCGCUGCGCGACGUGGUGGGUGCGGCGCACGUGUUCCUGCGCAGCACGACGCCGCGCAGUGCCCCGCUGCUGGCGGCGGCGGCGCGCUACGUCACGGACGUGCUGCACGUGUUCGGCGCCGUGGAGGGCCCACGCGGCCUCAUCGGCUUCCCGGUGUCCGACGCCGGCGACGUAUGCUUGGAGGAGGUGGUGAUGCCGUACCUGGAGGCGCUGAGUACGUUCCGCGCACAAGUGCGCGACGCGGCGCGGGGCGGCGCGGGGGGCGCGGGCGGCGUGCUGGCGCUGUGCGACGCGCUGCGCGACGACGUGCUGCCCGAGCUGGGCGUGCGGCUGGAGGACAAGCCGGAUAGAACAGUUGUGAAAUUCUUGAGUAAAGAGGAAUUAAUGAAAGAAAGAGAGGAGAAGAAAAAACAAGAAGCGGAAAAACUGAGAAAAAAGCAGGAGUUGUUAGAAGCUCAAAGGGCAAAGGAAGAGCAGAAGAAAAUACCACCCAUGGAAAUGUUUAAGAAGGAAACCGACAAGUAUUCAAAGUUCGAUGAUAAGGGCUUGCCGACACACGACAAAGAAGGUAAAGAACUAAGUAAAGGCUUAGUUAAAAAAUUGCAAAAAUUACAACAAGCUCAAGAGAAGAAGUACAAUGAAUACCUUGCAUCUGCCAACGCCUGCUGACGACUGGACCGGCCAUUGGGGAUGCACUGCCAAUGAUCUAAACUAAAAUACUAUGAUUGAUAUUUAUUCAUGUUUAUCAUCAGCUGUCACUGACAUGUUGACUGUGUUAUAUACAUUGCUUUUUUAUAUUAGUUACAACUCGUGAUAAUUCCACUACUGGGUGAAUUAAUGAAAAGAUUUGUAGCUUAUUCCACCAUACUAUUUUAUUGCAGAAUAACCUACAUCUGAUCCAGGGUUUUCUUAUAAAGUUUUCCAUUAACAUCCUCGAGCAUAAAACAAUUAUGUGAUACUUAAUGGCACUGAAUGUGACAUUUAAUGCCAAAAAAUGGAAGCCACGAAUAUCUAGUUACAAAUUUUCCUUUUCCCCCUUCAAUUUAGCUUAUUUAACAUCAAUUUGUAUCCUCAGGACCAUCUCGGUUUAUAAUUAUAAUCAUUUUUAUUACUUUUUAUACUUUAAAAAAUAUAUAUGUUGCAUUUAUUUUAAAACAAGGUGCUAUUUUACUCUAUCUGGAUUAUAUUUGAAAUAUUAAAUUAAAUACAAUAAUAUUUUCAAUAAAUUAUUAUUAAUAGUUCUGCGAAAAUAGAGCGUGCGGUUGUCAAUAGUAUCCUAAAAAGAUUUUUGUUAAAUUAAUUGUAUAGAGAAGUUCAAAACCAUAGCAGAUGUAAGUAUCCUUAGGUAUUAGACCAUUAGGUCUUAUUUUGUGUAAAAAAAAUUGUCAUGCUUAUGUUAUGUUCAAAAUUAUGUUCAUCAGAAAUAAAUCAAAACACUUUACAAAAUAUUGCAAAACCGUUUACAUACACCAUAAUGUUUUAUUUCUAAUUAAUUAAAACAAAAUAUCUACUUUUAAGUAAAUAAAAAAAUACAACAACU